AGAGGCCGCUCUUCCUAGCUUCGGGGCCCUUUCUCGUCGUAAAGUGUGGCCUUUGAUAUUCAACUCUCCUCUACCAGCAUAGGCUGCAUGAGGGGGGGGCGGGCUCCCGCAUUCCUGCUCGGCGGAGGGGCCGCUCUGCUCCUCUCACUUCUUUGGAUGCCGGCCCUGCUGCCUGUAGUCUCCCGCUUUCUGUUGCUACCCCGAGUCCUGCUGUCCAUGGCUUCAGGAAGCCCCCCGUCCCAGCCCUCGCCGGCCUCGGGCUCCGCCUACGCUGCCGGCUCGGUCUCUGCAGCCUUUGUCACCUGCCCCAACGAGAAGGUCGCCAAGGAUAUCGCCAGGGCUGUGGUGGAGAAGCACCUGGCAGCCUGCGUCAACCUCAUUCCUCAGAUUACAUCCAUCUAUGAGUGGAAAGGAAAGAUUGAGGAGGACAGUGAAGUGCUGAUGAUGAUUAAAACCCAAAGUUCCUUGGUUCCAGCUUUGACAGAUUUUGUUCGUUCUGUGCACCCUUACGAAGUGGCCGAGGUGAUUGCAUUGCCUGUGGAACAGGGGAACUCCCCGUACCUGCAUUGGGUGCGCCAGGUUACAGGGUCAGUUCCUGAGUCCGGCACAGCCCCACCGUGAUGAGCCUUUGUUUUUGCCACGUUCCCUUCAUAUACUUCAAUGUCCCCUGCCUUCCAGGUGAUGACUGGACCCUUAAUAAAGCUUUAGUUCUGUCA